UUUGUCCUGUACGGCGUGCUGUAGUUGCCGGGUAGUGGAGGUCGGGCAUGUAUGAAACAUGAAAUGCUAAGAAAGCGCCAAAAACAGCGAGAUUAACAUGCAAUUACAGACACAUGCGCCGCAGAUUACGUCUUAAAUUGCAUUUCCGACGAUCCGAUAAGAAGCAAUCUGAGAAGAAAGCGUGUAGAAAGCACGAAGGAGCAACCUUAAAGCGUCUGUCCGUUUUGUCCUACAAAAGCGCCGGGAGUUUGACAGCGGCAGGACGCGAGUGCGCAGGCCCAACGGUUAGAUAAACUGCUGGAGGAGGACUACAUGAAACAAUAAAGACUGUCAUUUUCUGUAGAGGAAUCCAAGCUCCACCAUGAGAAAGGACGUGAGAAUACUACUUGUAGGGGAACCCAAAGUGGGGAAGACAUCACUGAUAAUGUCGCUGGUCAGUGAGGAGUUUCCUGAUGAGGUUCCCCUCCGAGCUGAGGAGAUCACCAUCCCAGCUGACGUCACCCCAGAGAGAGUGCCCACACACAUUGUGGACUACUCAGAAGCAGAACAGUCAGAUGAGCAGCUGUCUCAAGAAAUAUCCAAGGCAAAUGUUAUCUGCAUAGUUUACUCAGUCAACAACAAGAAGUCCAUUGAAAAGGUGACAAGCCACUGGAUUCCCCUCAUAAAUGACAGAACGGACAAAGACAGCAGGGUGCCAUUAAUCCUUGUGGGGAACAAGUCGGACCUGGUGGAACACAGCAGCAUGGAGACCAUCCUACCAAUCAUGAAUCAAUACCAGGACAUUGAGACCUGUGUAGAGUGCUCUGCCAAAAACCUGAAAAACAUCUCUGAGCUGUUUUAUUACGCCCAGAAGGCCGUUCUUCACCCGACAGGACCCCUCUACUGCCCAGAGGAGAAGGAGCUGAAGCCUUCUUGCAUUAAGGCUUUAACUAGAAUCUUUAAAGUGUCUGACCUGGACAACGAUGGUGUCCUUAAUGACAAUGAGCUCAACUUCUUCCAGAGAACGUGUUUCAAUACACCACUGGCGCCCCAGGCCUUAGAGGAUGUAAAGAACGUGGUCAGGAGGAACAUGACCGACGGAGUCAAGGACAACGGACUAACACUCAAAGGCUUCCUGUUCCUGCACACCCUCUUCAUACAGCGAGGUCGACACGAGACCACCUGGACUGUGCUGAGGAGGUUUGGUUAUGACGAUGAUCUGGAGCUCACACAGGAAUACCUGUACCCCAUGAUAAAGAUCCCCCCAGACUGCACCACAGAGCUUAAUCACAACGCUUACCUCUUCCUUCAGAGUGUGUUUGACAAGCAUGACAAAGACAGAGAUUGUGCGCUGUCGCCGGACGAGGUGAAGGACUUGUUCAAAGUGUUUCCCUACAUGCCAUGGGGUCCGGAUGUAAACAACACAGUUAGCACUAACGAUCAGGGAUGGAUCACAUACCAGGGAUACCUCUCGCAGUGGACGUUAACAACAUAUCUAGACGUACAGCGUAGUUUAGAGUAUUUAGGUUACCUGGGUUACUCCAUCAUCUAUGAACAGGAGUCCCAAGCAGCUGCGAUUACAGUGACACGUAACAAGCGCAUUGAUCUGCAGAAGAAACAGACCCAGCGCAGCGUUUUCCGCUGCAACGUCUUGGGGGCGCGGGGCAGCGGGAAGAGCGGCUUCCUCCAAGCUUUCCUGGGCAGAAACCUGCAGCGACAGAGGCGGGUUAGAGAAGACCACAAGUCCUUCUAUGCCAUCAGCACAACAUAUGUUUAUGGUCAGGAGAAGUACCUGCUGCUCCAUGAGGUGAUGCCAGAUUUUGACUUCCUGUCAGAGGCGGACUUAGCCUGUGACGUGGUCUGCCUGGUGUACGACAUCAACAGUCCACGCUCGUUUGAAUACUGUGCCAAAGUGUACAAGCAAUACUUCAUAGACAGCAAGACGCCGUGUGUGGUGAUCGCUGCCAAGUCGGACCUGCACGAAGUACGGCAACACUACAGCCUUUCACCGCACGAGUUCUGCCGUAAGCACAAGCUCCACCCGCCCCAGCCGUUUACGUGCAACAUGACCGACGCACCCAACAAAGACAUCUACACUAGACUCACCACCAUGGCCAUGUAUCCGCACAUGGCUCAGGCAGACCUGAAGAACUCCACCUUCUGGCUGAGAGCGAGCGUCGGUGCCACUGUGUUUGCCGUGCUGGGCUUUGCCAUGUACAGAGCACUGCUCAAACAGCGGUGAUCAGACAGCGUGACACAGCCACCACCCCCCACCCAAGGUCCCUCUGUUGACUCUACCCUUCCCCUCCUACCUGAAAGACUCUCAAAGACUGGCUAACCAACCAACCAACCAACCAACCAGGUCCAUUGCAUCAGACCCAAACGCCACCUCAUCCCCUUCCUACAAUGCAACUUGGGCAAGAAACAAAUGAGCAAAAUCAUAGGUACAUUUUAUAUGCAUUUAAAAAUGAAGAGUGUGGUUUAGGUUUUUUGUUUAUGUCGGGGGAAAAAAGGGGGACGAUUACAUUUGAAAUAUUACUUGUCUAUCACUCAGUUUGGAAAUGCUGACAUUCUAUGAUCUGUUGGUCUAGUCCACAUCAGACCCUAGUCGUCACUGGAUGUUUUCAGCUGAUCCAGUCCUCUUUUUUUCCCUCAGGUCAGUAUUAAUAGUUAGAUGGUUGGAGACCAGAGAGAGGCAGCCAUACACAGAAACUCCACAAAGGGACUCUGAUCAUAGAUGUGUAUAUGCAGUAUAUCAUGUAUGUAUUCCUCAACGAUUUUUUUGGAUCAGACCUGUAGACAGCAUCACAAGCCAGAAGCAACACCUAACACAGGAGUUGUUAGGACAAACAGCGCUACAUCUAACGCUAGAAAGAUCUUGGAUGUCAUGCACUUAUUUUGUGUGUUAAUUUAUUAACCUGUUUCUUUGUUUUCUUGUCUGUUUUGAGUGCACCACAUUAAAAAAACAGAUUGAGAGAUUUACAUUUUCCGUGUAUUUUUGUAUUUAGUAUUAUGGGAGCUCUCCUCAAGGUGUAUCAUUUAUGACUAUCUACUUCUGUUUUUAUUUUUCUGGUUUUCAAAUAGAGCUUUGUCUGUCAUAUUAUAUUUUUAUGAAGAUAGAGGCACCAUAGAGCAGGGGAUUUUGCUAUUAAGAGCCAAUCAGCACACCUCUCCCACCUUAAAACUAUGACAGUGUUUCUUCUCAUUCUUCUCUUUUGCUGCAUUUACAAUAAAGAAGUGUUUGAUCUGACACAGCCGUGUGCAUGUUACUGGAUGAAAUGAAAGCUAAUUUCACAGCAAAAAGGAAAAUAAAAUGGUUUUAAAUAUCUGUAAUAAAUGACAUUUACACCCA